CUGAAUUAAUAAAAAAAAUAAAUUAAGCUACGUUUGCUAUGAAACAAUCGUGAAACAUGGCUUAUAUAUCUAAUGAUGGAUGUGUUAUGCAUAAUACUCCAUUGCAUUUAAAAGUGUUCAGAUUUUUUAUGGGUAUAGUCUACAUGAUCAUUAUGUUUUUUAAAACAUUGGUCAAUCCUGACCAAUAUUAUGUCUGUAUAUGUAGGCCACCACGUCCGCCAACACGUAGGUUAGGUAGACCUAACACAGGAGACACUGUAAACAUUCCAUUUGGAGGAUGUAGAAGUUGUGCUGGAUAAAAUGAAAUACAUUUAAGAAACACAAGGAUAAAUUAAUAAUA